AUGUUGAGUUUGUGGUUGAGAAUUUUACUAGUAAUUCAAGUUUUAUCACAACUUGCGGAUACAAUAUGGCCUCCAUCGAAUCUGUCAAAUAUUCGAUUGAUUGGUCUUUUCCCUGAUCAGUACAAUUCGUCUAAGGCAACACCAUUAUCCGUUCAUUCACGUGCCAUGUUUCAAGCAGCUGUUACACUUGCACAACAGUCUAACAUGACAGUUGAGGGAAAAUCCAUCGGUUAUGAGUCGUUUCUAACCAACGGUGAUGGAAUAUAUGCGCUUGCUGACACAUGCCGUGCAUUGAAUGACUCGAACAUAGUCGGUGUCAUUGGACCAGGUUAUUCUCGAGAAUCUCAUAUAAUCAGUCCGUUUGCUGACAAGUUGGGUUUUCCUGUUGUAUCAUAUGCUUCGACUGAUCCUUCCCUAUCAGACAGGCAGGCAUAUCCUGCGUUCUAUCGAACUGUACCGUCCGAUAACAUUGCUGCUGUAACCAUUGCAAAAUUGUUCGUUCGAUUUAAUUGGGCGCGAUGUAUCAUUAUCUACCAGAAUGAUGCUUUCGGAUCGGGUGGUAUGAGUGCUAUCAGUGAUGCGUUUGAUAAAUACAACCUGACAGUAUCUGAUACGAUUGUAUUCGACAUUGCAACACAAUCUGUUCGUGGUAGUUUAAAGCCAAUUCUGACGAAAAAUUCAGCACGAAUCAUCAUCCUGUGGGCAAUCGAUGUCUACGCCACAAUAGUUUUAAAUAAUGCACUUCGUGCUGAUGUUCUUGGUCCUCAAUUCACUUGGAUAUUAAGUGCGAAUAUUCGAUUGAGCGAAUUCGAUUCGGUGUAUUAUCCAAACUUAAAUGGAAUGUUAGUUGUUGAGCCGGUCGUUGGUAGUGUUGUCAGUGCGCCAAUCAAUAAUACAUUAUUAAAUUUGGCUUACAGCCUAUGGCAAGAAUAUGAACCUGAGACUUUUCCUGGCGCAGCAAAUGUCGAUUAUUAUGCUCUAUUUGCAUUCGAUGCAGCUUGGUUGCUAAUUACAUCAUUGCAGCAAUUAUGUUUAACAAACACGGUAGAUUAUUCACCCUGUAUUCAAUAUAUCGGCAAUGACUUCUGCUUCGAUCGGCGUUUUAUCAAUUCAACUGCCUUAUUUAAUAUUGUUAAUAGUAUGAAAUACCUCGGUGUGUCCGGCGCAAUACAAUUUGCAAAUGAUACAACUGAUCGUAUAGAUGGGAUUUAUUAUGUGAUGAAGAAUAUUCAAUUAUUCACUAAAGGUAUCGAUGCUGUGCCUGUAAUGGUGUGGUCUUAUGAGAACGACUGGGCUCUGUAUUCAUCGACCAGUGUUAUUAUUUGGCCAGGAAAUUCGUUGACUACACCGACCGGCUAUGCAUCGCUUAGCGGUGUUAAUUUGCGUAUUGCAGUUAUUGAGACAGCACCGUUCACAAUGAUCACACAAUCGACGGAUACUUCGGGUGUGACCAGAAAUAAAUUAAUUGGCUACAUGCCGGAUUUAAUCGAACUAUUGCGAGUUCGAAUGGGUUUUAUUCCAAACAUAACACUGACGGUUAAUCGAACGUUUAAUCAAGUUAUUGAUGCUGUUGCUCGAGAUGAAUUCGAUAUAUUUGUUGCUCAAACAACCAUAACUGCUCUUCGCACACAAAAAGUUGGCUUCUCCGAUUCAAUAUUUGACAAUUCUCUGCGUGUUAUCAUUCGAAAAGAUUUAAAUCCAAAUAUCAGUUUAUUUUCAUACUUAACGCCCUUCUCAAUCAAACUCUGGUUCACUUUACUAGCUGCUUGUAUCUAUGCUGGCUUUCUAUUUGGACUCAUCGAACGAGAAAUAAAUCCAGCCUUACGAAACAAAUCAAUAUUCUCUCAAAUCGGAUUGAGUCUGUGGUACUCAUCCGGAACGAUUGUCGGCUACGGUGUCGACUUUCAUGCGACAACAGCAGCAGGGAGAGUUGUUACGAUUGCUUUGUAUAUUUUAAGUUUAGUGUUAGUUGCUGCCUAUACGGCUAACUUAGCAUCUGAUUUAACAAUUGCUAAAUCGAAAGAUAUUAUCGAUGGAAUUGAAGAUAUUAAAAAUGGUCGAUUAGCAUUCAGCCGUAUCGGCAUAUUAGUCGGUUCAUCGCUCGAAGAAUACUAUCUACGGGAAAUUUCAGGAGGAAUUAAGAAUUAUUAUCCAAUAAUGUUGAAACAAGAGAUCUACGAUGGUCUGUUGAAUAACGUUAUUGAUGCAUCGAUUAUGGACUCUGGUGUGUUGGAAUAUGUGACAAAUAAUAUCUAUUGUAAUCUGACAUUGGUCGGAAAAGAUUUUGAGCCGAGUGCGUUCGGAAUUGUAUUUCAGAAAGGUUGGCAAUACGAACAAAUUCUAGAUAUUAAUAUCUUAGGAUUGAGAGAAGCAGGUACAUUGGAAGACUUGAGAAAGAAAUGGUUUGAAGCAAAGUAUUGUUCUCAAGUUGGAGAAACAUCGCAAGCAAUGAGUAUUGAAUCUAUGGUUGGAUUGUUCAUUACAUUUGGUGUGAUUAGCACUAUAGGGUUAAUAGGAUUUUUAUGGAAGAAGAGAUUUGUGAUUCGAAAUUUCAUCGUCAAGUUAAAAGAACGUGAGAAGUCAUCAUCGAGGGAAUCGAUUAAAAUUUCAAGAGACGAUAUUACUGCGCCAGAAGUGGUGAUUAAAGUACCUCUGGAUGAAGAUAUUACAAUGACAGAAGAUGUGAAAAUAAGUUUAGAAGAUGAAACUGCAUCAAAAUGA